AUGUUAAGAUCAAUUCAAAGAAGUUCAGUUAGACAAUUAGCUACAUUUUCAUCCCCAGAAUCUGUUUUACCAAAAAAAAUCGGAGGUAAAUAUACUGUUACUUUAAUCCCUGGUGAUGGUAUUGGUAAGGAAAUUACUGAUUCAGUCCAAACUAUUUUCAAAAACCAAAAUGUUCCUAUUGAAUGGGAAACUGUUAAUGUCAGUGGUUUAGAUAAUGAUAGUGGUGUCUCUGAAGCUGUUGAAAGUUUAAAAAGAAACAAAGUUGGUUUAAAAGGUAUCUUAUAUACUUCAACCAGUAAAUCUUCAAGAUCUUUAAAUGUUGCUUUAAGAAAAGAAUUAGAUAUCUAUGCUUCAUUAGUUUUAAUUAAAAACAUUCCAGGUGUUCAAGGUAGAUUAGAUGGUAUUGAUUUUGCUUUAGUUAGAGAAAAUACCGAAGGUGAAUAUUCAGGUUUAGAACAUCAAUCAUACCCAGGGGUUGUUGAAUCUUUAAAAAUUAUGACUAGAUUCAAAUCUGAAAGAAUUGCUAAAUUCGCUUUCGAUUUCGCUAAAAAGAAUAACAGAAAAUUAGUUACUGCUAUUCAUAAAGCUAACAUUAUGAAAUUAGGUGAUGGUUUAUUCAGACAAACUGUUAAAGAUGUUGCUCAAGAUUAUUCAGGUAUUGAAGUUAAUGAUUUAAUUGUUGAUAACGCUUCUAUGCAAGCUGUUGCCAAACCUCAACAAUUUGAUGUUUUAGUUACUCCAAAUUUAUAUGGUUCAAUUUUAUCAAAUAUUGGUGCUGCUUUAAUUGGUGGUCCAGGUUUAGUUCCAGGUGCUAAUUUCGGUAGAGAAUAUGCUGUUUUCGAACCAGGUUGUAGACACGUUGGUUUAGAUAUUAAAGGUCAAAACUCUGCUAACCCAACUGCUAUGAUCUUAUCAGCUUCAAUGAUGUUAAGACAUUUAGGUUUAAACGAACAUGCUGACAGUAUUUCAAAAGCUACUUAUGAUGUUAUUGCUGAAGGUAAAUCAACUACUAAAGAUAUCGGUGGUACUGCUUCAACUACCGAAUUUACCGAUGCUAUCUUAGCUAAAUUAAAUUAG